AUGGCCCCGCUCCUCCGCCUCUGCCUCUGCCUCUGCCUCCCGCUGCUGCUGCCGCCGCCCGCGGCCCCGGCCCCGGCCCCGGCCCCCCGCACCGACUGGGCCGCCUGCAAGAGCCUCUCCCGGGAGCUGUCGCGGCUGGUGGCGACCCUCAAGGAGCCGCACCGGGUCCUGGAGGAGAUGGACCUGAGCGAGGAGGACCCCAAUAACUGGCCCCCCCGGAUCCGCUGCAGCGACGCCUGCGACCCCUCCACGCUGGACACCAACAACACGCGCUGCCUGCAGCGCAUCCUCCAGGGGCUGCAGCACUACCGGGACCUGCUGGGCUCCGACAUCUUCACCGCCCGCCGCCUGCCGCGGCUGGAGGCUGCACUGGACCAGCUGCUGGGCCUCGUCCAGCAGGAGCACGGCCGCCCCCCCCGGCACCCCAUGGCCCCCAGCAAGGCCUGGGCCCACCCGCUACUGCAGCGCCUGGCGCUCCAGCGUCUCCAGUCCUUCACCACCAUCAUGAGCCGCGUCUUCACCCACAGUGCCAGCCCCCGCUGA